AUGCAGGCAAGAGACUCACAUUCUAUAUUUAACUGCCAAAGAUGUAAACAACCGCUAAGGAUAGACGACUCUUUAAACGACUUAAACAAUGCGAACGUGGAUCUCUUAAUGUCCACACUACCCGAAGACACUUCUCAUUACCGCGAUUCUCGUAUUCCUCACUUUUCUGAGCAUCCUUCGUCGAUAUCUCAUAAGACAUCGAAAUCACAUUCUUCGCGCUCGGCACAGCAGUUUCCAAACAAAGAAUCCUAUCUCGGCCCAUCUGAAUCAUACGUUGUACUUUCUCGCUCACAGAUAGCUCCCCUUCCUCAAUCUUCUCUUUCUCUAUCCUCAUCUGAUGCAACCUCAACAGAUCAACGCACUUCGUUAUCGUAUAGAUUGAAAGUAACAUCUCGACUACUCGAUGUAAUGUCGCAAAGAUCAGAAAUCACACAUCCUAUCUGUGUAGAGUGUACAGAAAUGCUGUUAGAUUCGCUGAGCAAGCAGUUAGCUGACGCGACAAGGGAGAAAGACUGUUAUGUUGAUUUUUUAAAGAAGGUUAAUUCAAGUUUGAUAAGCGAUGAGGAAGGAGAAAACUUGAAGAAAGAAAUCAAAGAGAUCAAAGUAAGGGAGACGGCCGCCAUUGAAACGCUAACAAAUAUCGAGCGCGAGCGGGAUAUGUUGAAAAAGGAGUUGGAGGCCCUAGAAGCAGAGGCACAUGAACUCGAUAAAAUGGAGGAGAGUUACUGGCAAGAGUUUAAUGACUUUCACAUUCAGCUGAGCGCGUUCCAGAAUGAACGUGACAGCGUGAACCUCAAAUAUGAUCAUGAUACGAGACAGCUUGAGAAGCUUCAGAAGACCAACGUUUAUAAUGACACCUUUUACAUUGUAAAUGAAGGACAUUUUGGAACGAUAAAUGGUUUUCGGUUGGGAUAUCUGCCGACGCAAAGGGUGGAGUGGAAUGAGAUCAAUGCAGCAUGGGGUCAAACAGUGUUAUUACUCUCUACGAUUGCGAAUAAGCUCAAUUUUACUUUUAAGACGUAUCGUCUCAUACCACUAGGUUCUUUCUCCAAAAUAGAGAAAAUAGAAGGCGAUAGGGCUGUCUAUGAACUGUACGGUUCAGGAGACUAUGCUAUAAGUAGAGUAUUUCAAAACAGUCGUUUUGAUACGGCUAUGGUUGCAUUUCUCAACUGUUUGCAGCAAUUGGGUGAAUACGCCGAGAAACAAGAUCGUAACAUCAAGUUGCCUUACCGAAUAAACAAAGACAAGAUAGGAGAUGUAUCCAUAAAGCGGCAUAUUGGUCACGAUGAGCAAUGGACGCGUGCUCUCAAAUAUACUUUACAUGAUACGAAGUGGAUAUUGGCAUUUGCUGCUUCAGUUAGUCAUACGAACUACAAGAGACGACUGGAAUAG